GCUGACAAGAGUGCGCAGGCGCCCGCUCUCCCCGUGGGUCUCCGGCCGGUCACCCUUAGUGUAAUUGUUACAGGUGAAGCAUAUGCCUCAAAGUGAUGAGGAGGUUUUUGCUGCUCUAUGCUACGCAGCAGGGACAAGCAAAAGCCAUAGCAGAGGAGAUCUGUGAAAAAGCAUUUGUGCAUGGAUUUUCUGCAGAUCUUCACUGUAUCAGUGAGUCAGAUAAGUACGAUCUGAAAACCGAAACGGCGCCUCUCGUCGUCGUCGUUUCUACGACGGGCACGGGAGACCCACCCGACACCGCUCGCAAGUUUGUCAAGAAAAUCCAGGACAAGGCGCUGCCAGUGGAUUUCUUUGCUCACCUGCGGUAUGGAUUACUGGGGCUGGGCGAUUCAGAAUACACAUACUUCUGUAAUGGCGGGAAAAUCAUCGAUAAGCGACUUCAGGAACUCGGUGCCCAGCAUUUCUACGCCACUGGACACGCAGAUGACUGCGUGGGUUUAGAACUUGUGGUUGAGCCCUGGAUUGACGGACUCUGGGCUGCCCUCACGAAGCAUUUUACGUCCACUAGAGGAAAAGAGGAGAUAAACGGAGCUCUCCAGAUAGCAUCGACUGCCUCCCAGAGGAUGGAUCCUGUGAAACCAGAAUUAUUGCACAUUGAAUCACGAGUUGAACUUCUGAGAUUAGCCGACUCAGGCAGAAGGGAUUCUGAGGUUCAGGAACAGAAUGCAGUGAACAGAGAUCAAUCGAGUGCUCUGAUAGCAGAGUCUGAGCCCUCACUCACCCACUCGGUUCCCCCACUGUCACAGGCCUCUCUGAACAUCCCUGCCCUUCCACCAGAAUAUUUGCAGGUGCAUCUGCACGAGCUUCUCGGCCAGGAGGAAAGCCGAGCAUCUGUGACUCCCGUGGAUCCAGUUUUUCAAGUUCCAAUUUCAAAGGCAGUUCAGCUGACUACGAACGAUGCCAUCAAAACCACUCUCCUGGUGGAAUUGGACAUUUCAAAAACAGAUUUUUCCUAUCAGCCUGGAGACGCCUUCAACGUGAUCUGUCCCAACAGUGAUUCUGAGGUUCAACACCUACUCCAAAGACUGCGGCUCACAGACAGAAGAGAGCACUGUGUCGUCUUGAAAAUUAAGGGUGACACCAAGAAGAAAGGAGCAGCCUUACCCCAGCACAUCCCCGAGGGACGCUCUCUCCAGUUCAUUCUCACCUGGUGCCUUGAAAUAAGAGCAGUUCCUAAGAAGGCGAUGCUGAGAGCCCUGGCGGAACACGCGGCCGGCCCAGACAGGCGCAGGCUGCACGAGCUGUGCAGCAGGCAGGGCGCCGCCGACUACGGCCGCUUCGUGCGGGACGCCCACACCGGGCUGCUGGACCUCCUGCUGGCUUUCCCAUCCUGCCAGCCUCCGCUGGCGCUCCUGCUCGAGCAUCUUCCUAAGCUCCAGCCCAGACCAUAUUCGUGUGCAAGCUCAAAUCUGUCUCACCCGGGGAAGCUUCAUUUCGUUUUCAACGUCGUGGAGUUUUUGUCUCCCACCACGAUGGAGGUCCUUCGGAGGGGCGUGUGCACAGGCUGGCUGGCCACGGUGGUCGCGUCCAUCCUUCGUCCAGACACGCAGGUGUCCCCUGCAGAAGGCGGGCCAGCCCCUGCUCCUGAGAUCUCCAUCUCUCCUCGAACGACCGGUUUUUUCCACUUACCGAGUGACCCCGCCGCCCCCGUCAUAAUGGUGGGUCCGGGAACUGGCAUAGCGCCCUUCAUUGGUUUCCUGCAACACAGAGAGAAACUCCAAGAACAACAUCCAGAGGGACACUUCGGAGCAAUGUGGUUGUUUUUUGGCUGCCGACAUAAGGAAAGGGAUUAUUUAUUCAGAGAAGAACUCCGGCACUUCUAUAAGCGUGGGAUCCUAACUCACUUGAAGGUUUCCUUCUCGAGAGAUGCUCCUGUCGGGGAGGAGGAAGCCCCAGUGAAGUAUGUGCAAGACAACAUGUGGCUUCACAGCAAGCAGGUGGCCAGGGUCCUUCUUCAGGAGAGCGGCUACAUUUACGUGUGUGGAGAUGCAAAGAAUAUGGCCAAAGAUGUCAAUGAUACCCUUGUGGAGAUAAUAAGCAAAGAGACUGGAGUUGAGAAACUGGAGGCAAUGAAAACAUUGGCUACUUUAAAAGAAGAAAAACGGUACCUUCAGGAUAUUUGGUCAUAAAAUCAAAGGAAAAGAAAAGAGUUGUGCUUUUUUGGCUGAAAGCGCUAAAAGACAAUUUCACUGAAACUGAGACUUUGAAUUUUUAAAACUAAAUUAAAAAAGGUUUCUUGGAGGAGGUAGGGCAGGAGUGGGUCACUUCCCCUUACAGCAGACUUCUGGCUUGGUUUUCCGUAAAUGCCCCUGCCGCUCAGCACUCCGCGCUUCAGCCCCUACACUGGCACCUCCCGGGCCGGCCACUGCGUCCUGGGGAACGUCACAGGUCCCUCCGUCCGCUCACAGGGCAUCUGUCUGUACGCGACGAGGCUUCCCAGGACAGGGCGUGGGCCCUAGAGCCGAGCGGGUGAUAGUUAAAGCUCGUGAACUUAAUGUGGCAGUUUUUAUAAACAAGGUGAAAAUAAUUUAUUCUUACGUGAACUCUACCGUAAAGAAUAUUCAUGUAUUAAAAUGAACCGUGUGUGGUGUGUGAUUACUUGUGGACACAGGCAGUCCCUGAUGUCCGACGUUUUGACCUUACGGUGGGUGAGAGCGGUUCGCAUCCGGUAGAAAGUGGACUCGACAGUUCGAGUUUUGCUCUUUCCCCGGGUCGGGGACGAGUGAUGUCUCGCUCUCCGGUUUGCGGGACGUCGCGGAGUCCCCAGGCCCGGCCGCCGUCUGUACCCGCGCAAACGUUUUGUCUCUUUCGGUGCAGCGCUCAGUAAAUCGAGGUGGUCGGCACUAAGCUGCACCUUCAGGGCUCACGUCCGUGAGGUAGGCCGGGCUGAGCAGUGACGUUCGGUAGCUUAGGCGGAUUAAAUGCUUUUCGACUUACGAGGUUUUCAACUUAGAAUGGAUUUGUUGGGCUGUAACCUCACUGUAAGUUGAGGAAGAUCUGUAUAACCUUGUCAAAUGAUUAUUUAUUGCCAAGACUAUAUUUUUGAUAAAAAAAUACUAAGGUAAUGCUUAUAGAGAUUUUUUUAAAUGACUUUAAAAAUGUGACCUAUAUUUUAAAAUUCUAUUUUAUAUGACUUACCACAGUUGCUUCUUAAUAUCAUAGUUCCAGAAUUUAGGGAAAUUUGCAUAGUUUACAGAUGCGAGCAAGUACAUAUUUUAGUAAAACUACACCUCCAUCCCCCCCGCCCCGUUCGUCUCCUCUGCUCCUUUUGGCGUAUUUUUUAGUUUUUCUACAUUAUUUUAACCCCAUGCUAUCACUCAAAUUGUGUCGUAGGCUUAAAAUACCUACUUAAAUUAGUGUCCUUGUGUUCUAAAAAUUCCUACUGCGGUCUUAUAUUUAUGUCCCCCCACCCCCAUUCAUGUGUUCCCGUUCUAAUUUCCAUUGUGAUGAUAGUAAGAGGUGGGGCCUCUAGGAGGCACUUGGGUCACGAGGGUGGAGCCCACAGGAAUGGGAUCAGUACCCUGACACGGAGGCCCCCCAGAGCCCCCUGGCUCCUGCCUGGGGGGGGGACACGAAGCCCAUAGUCUGCGGCCAGAAGAGGGCUCUCUCCAGAGUCGGGCCCCACCGGCACCCUCCUCUUGGACGUCUAGCCUCCAGAACCGUGAGAAGUAAUGGUUUGUAAGGCACCCGCCGUCUGGUGUGCUGUUCCAGCCGCCCAAGAGCCUACGACAGCUCCCAGUGACAAAUUCUUGUAAAAUUUGUCAGUACAGAAAAAAAAACGUAAAAGGGUAUUAAUUUUUCUAGGCUCUGAUGUUCACUGGUUUUUUAUUCAAGAGAUUGGCAUUUAUAAAACAAAUCUACCUGCCACAGGUUCCUGGUCAUUUUGAAAAAUAAAUAAUGUUAAGAUUUGAUAAA